GGCCAGCCCAGUUGCGAAUUACUUUACUGCUCGAACCGGCUUGUCGCCUCGAGGCAUCAACACCACACUGACAUAAGCGGUAAGGGCAGGUUUGGGUUACCGCAUCUCCCCGCUCUGUGUAGGCUGGCAGGAGCCUUCCCUUCCCUCCAAAGCCCAUUCGAGUCAUCCCCCGACAUCUCCCACUCUUUGUUGCCGCAUCAGUGGCCGUUUGUGCGCUAUUGAGCUCAAUUCCCUGGCCAAGCACGCUCACUCGCUGGAGCGCACCCCCAAGAUCUGACUUGAUCCAUCCCUCGAUUGCCCGUAUCGAGUACAUCCAUUCUCGCACCAUGGUCCUGGCACUCUGGCCGGUGGCCAAUCUCGUAUUUGUCAGCUGGGCGUCGGCCUACGCCUACGUCAACUGGCUUUGUCUCGUUCUCCCCCUGUCGACAAUCCUCCUAACUAGUCCUCGGAGUCCGCCACACAUGAGGGUCUCUGAAUUAUGGCCUCUCCUUGCACCUGCAGCACGGCCUUACACGCUCGGCCAGCUGGCUGCUGAAACGUUUGACCCAUCCAGCGAUGACGGAGGUGUUCGAUUGCUUACUGUAGGAUUCAAUGCUAGGUCAGCACUAUCGUCCAUGGUCUAUUUUGUCCGUCGCAGAUGAUACAUCACCCAGUGCAUGGAUGCAUUCACUAAUCAAUGUGUUUUCAUGGCGUCAAGCUGGUACAAGACAAUCGCACGAAAUGGAUAUUAUCUUUUGUCGUCUUUCCGCUAUCUCUCGCAUGUUGCUUCACCCUUACUUCGUCUUUGAUGGGCCAGACUGUCCCCAACUCAAGAGGGGAAAAGACGUCGUAG